AUGUCGUCCGGUAACAUCAAGAUCCUCUCUGGUCAGGAGAACCACACACUGGCCAAGCGCAUCUCUGAUAAGCUGGGUCUUCCCCUCGAGCCCUGCCAUGUUGCCAAGUUUGCCAACCAAGAGACUGCGGUCGAGAUUGGUGUGAGCGUCCGUGGCGAGGAUGUCUUCAUUGUCGGCUGCGGCUCGGGCGAAGUCAACGAUAACCUGAUGGAGAUGCUUAUCAUGAUCAAUGCCUGCAAGUAUGCUUCGGCCCAGCGCAUCACCGCCAUCCUGCCCAUCUACCCCUAUGCCCGUCAGGACAAGAAGGACAAGAGCCGUGCGCCCAUCACGGCCAAGCUUGUCGCCAACAUGUUGACCGUGGCUGGUGCUGACCACAUCAUCACCAUGGACCUUCACGCCUCGCAAAUUCAGGGCUUUUUCGACGUGCCCGUGGACAACUUGUACGCUGAGCCCGCCAUUAUCCAGUAUAUCAUGGAAAACUUUCCCAACUUGGCCGAUACCGUCGUGGUCUCCCCCGAUGCCGGAGGUGCCAAGCGUGUGACCUCCAUUGCCGAGCAACUGGGCGCCGCCUUUGCCCUCAUUCACAAGGAGCGCAAGAAAGCCAACGAGGUGGCUAGCAUGACUCUCGUCGGCCAUGUUGCCGGCAAGCGUGCGAUCCUGGUCGACGACAUUGCCGAUACCUGCGGCACCCUGUGCAUGGCCGCGCAAAAGCUGGCUGACCAGGGCGCUGAAGACGUUACUGCCAUCGUGACCCACGGUCUCUUCUCCCGUGAUGCCAUUAAGAAGUUGAACGACACCCCGGCUCUCACGCGCAUCGUGGUGACCAACACUUGCCCCCUGGGCGACAAGCUGGAGCGCUGCAGCAAGCUGCAGAUUAUCGAUAUCGCUGGCAUCCUCUCGGAGGCCAUCCGUCGUACCCACAAUGGCGAGAGCGUCUCUUACCUCUUCAACUAUGUCCCCCAUUAAGCCACGACCAUGCAUGGCGCAUAAUGGGCCACAACUCGCUCGCGGAGUUGUCCCCCCAUGCUCAAGUCCAAUCAGGCAUCAUAAUGUCUCCUCCACACUUGCUUGUUCCGGUUUUUGUGUUCUGCCCGCCACGCCCGUGUG